GAAAGCAGGGAUUGGAAGUGGAAGUGGAUGGAAGGCGGUGCGUCGUUGUUUUCCAGUUCAUAAAUUUUGUGUAUUUUAUCACAGUUCCUUUAUUAUACCUUUGUAGCAGUCAUCCUGGUAGGAAAAUGUCGAUGUCUACAUUUCAGAAGGUUACGCUUGUGUCAUGUCUCGUCCUCUGUGCCUCUCUGCUCCUCCCAAAAAUGCUGUUAUCCAGAGGAAAGAAGGAAGUAGGGCAGCCAGAGGUUGGGCAGGGGCGGUUUCCUCCCAUGAUGCACCGGCAGCAGAUGCCUGACGGCCAGUGGGGGGCGGGGUCUCCCUACUCCAGGGCUCACAGCGCCGAGGCCGUUGCCAAGGGCAAGGGCGGAGGGGUCGGAGGAGGGGGCAAAUCCAACCUCAUGGGGCAGAUCAUUCCCAUCUACGGCUUUGGGAUCCUGCUCUACAUUCUCUACAUCCUAUUUAAGAUCACAUCCAAGGGUAAAAUUACAAAGCCUGAGACCAGAUUCCCUGCCCUGAAAUCCGAAAACAUGAAGAGAAAAAUAACGGAUUACGAGCUGGCACAACUGCAAGAGAAACUGCGGGAGACAGAGGAGGUGAUGGAGAGGAUCGUGUCUAAAGCAGGCCACAGUCCCAACAGGAUGAAGAACGUGUCGGUGGAGCACGAGGAGAAGCUGCUGCGGCAGCUGAAGGAGAUCACGCGCGUGAUGCAGGAGGGGAAGCUGAUCGAGGGGAUGGACGGGGUCUCCCCCGAAAUGGAGGCCGAGGAGGCGUCCUACACCGAAGACUGGGAAGGGUACCCAGAGGAAACAUACCCUCAGUACGAGGAGCCCUGCUGCAGGCAGAACUACGACACCGUCAUCCUGGAGGACCCCAAAACUGACCUCCCCACCCCAGAGGAGCUGGCCGAGAGAAUGGAGGAGGAGCCGGAGGGGGCAGAGAUAGAGCUGGAGGAGGCGGAGCCGGAGCCAGAGCCAGAGCACCUGCCCCAGGACAGCGAGGGAGAGAGGGUGAGGCACAGGGGAGGGAAGCAGAUCAGCUUCAGGGAGCAGAGAGACGUGUAUCACUACCCCGAGGAGGGAGCCAGUGACGACUAUGACAAUGAGGUGGCAGGGGACCAGAUGGAGGAAGAGGAGGAAGAGGACCCCGUGGUGCUGGCAGAGAGACUAAGCUUCAGCUGCCAGGUAUCCAGCCAGUCACCCGAGCUGGAGGACGCGGAGGCAGAGGAAGAGGAGGAGCUCUUCCUUUCGGACGAGUCCCAGGAGAGAGACAGGGGGGGCGAGUCUGACCUCCUCGCGGAGCUGGGGCUCGCUGCACUCAGGAAACGCGGCAGGAAGGAGGCGGAGUGAAAACCCUGCUGAGACAGAACCGCGCGUUUCUCUCACCGCUCCACAAAAACACCCACCUUAGGCCUCCUCCACCUUCUCCCUGUAACAUUAGCACCCCAGCCCAGACUGUCUGAUCACCCAGAGUCUCAAUAUCUGCCUGUUUGUGCAUGCUGACAUUAGGUUGAAAAGUUUGGCUUCCUGGUCACAUGUGACAUCCAGCCACACCCUAAGAGUUUCUCUUCCCAUGCUCAGGUGACAGUGGCAC